GUUCAAUACUCAGAACAUCUAGACAUUGUGCCGGCUGGGAGAAGAGACAAUUAGACCCACAAUCCAGAACUGACACACGGAUUAAACAAGCAAAAUAAGGUUUGGUCAGCUUUUCAGACUGGAUGUGGAGUGUGGAUUGCGCGUGCAAGUCUGAAAGUUGUCCAGGAUGCGAGCGCUUGUGGAGGAUGAGCUAAACGGAGCGGCGCACGGCGGGAUUCUUCGAGGUUGGAGCGCAGCUGCUGCCUCCAGUCACUGACGGGAGGACCUUGCGCACGGAGAGCAGCCUCCGUCUCUGUCUCUCUCUCUUUCCUUUUCCAGUCUCGCAGAGACAGGCGGCAUCCUUCAGACUCGGCACUGAAAACAGCGAAUGUUCAAGGAAAAGGGAAAAAAACUGGAUUAUAAAAGCAGGGAGUGAUCAAGGGGAAAUUUUGAAGGAAGGACCAAAAAAGAUUUGAAAAUAGAUUUGCAUCUCAGGCUCUUGUGUUUGUUGUUUUGCGGAGGGUUAAAUCGAAGAGAUUUGGGUCGUGCAUUGCUUUGCUUCAGCCAGCCUGUGGAGUAUAGGAUCACAAAUAGCAAUUCAAGGCCAUGGACAUCACCUCUUCUCCUGCCUCUAGCCUGACCGUGACAAACUGUUCUGGUUUUAUGUGAUCCUGCUGUGAAUUCUGCUGUUGCAGCAGUCUUCUGCGAGUGAAAAAAGAAACAUAAGAAAUCUUCCCACGCGUUGACAUCUGUAUUCGGACGGCCUGACAGAUUUAAAAGCCAGACCCUAACAAGAAGGCUCUUUAGUCGAACGAAAAAACAACAUGGCCAAGGGGAAGAUCUCUUCUCCAUGUGAGCCAUGACAGUAUGGUGGACUGUUUAAGUCGAGUCAUGCUGCACACAGCCGUGUCUUGCUGGCAGCCUUUGCUGGGGCUGGCCCUGGUGGCCGUGUUCGUGGGCUCCACCCUGGCCUGCCCCUCCCGCUGCGAGUGCUCCGCCCAGAGCCGAUCUGUCAUCUGCCACCGCAAGCGCUACACCGCCAUUCCCGAUGGAGUCCCAAUCGAGACAAGAAUCCUUGAUCUCAGCAAGAAUCGCAUUCAGGCUGUCAACCCUGAUGACUUUGCUGACUAUCCACAUGUAGAAGAACUGGAUCUGAGUGGAAACAUUAUUGCCUAUGUUGAGCCCGGAGCCUUCAACUUGCUCUACAGCCUCCACUCGUUGAGCUUAAAGAGCAACCGCAUCAAGCUCCUCUCUCUAGGCGUCUUCACCGGCCUCUCCAAUCUGACGAACCUGGAUAUCAGCGACAAUAAGGUUGUCAUUCUGGUGGACUAUAUGUUCCAGGACCUGCGCAACCUCAGGUCAUUGGAUGUCGGAGACAAUGAGCUGGUUUACAUCUCCCAUCGGGCUUUCAGCGGACUGUUGUCUCUGGAGAGCCUGACGCUGGAGCGCUGUAACUUGACGGUGGUGCCCACAGAUGCCCUGUCCCACCUGCACAACCUGGUGAGCCUACAUAUGCGCUACCUCACUAUCAGCACUCUCCACCCCUACUCCUUUAAGAAGCUAUUCCACCUCCGUCACCUAGAGAUCGACAACUGGCCAUCUCUAGAUGUGUUCCCUGCCAAUUCUCUGCAUGGCCUCAAUCUCACCACGCUUUCUGUCACCAACACCAACUUGUCCACUUUCCCCUACCAGGCUCUCCACCACCUGCCUUACCUCACGCACCUUAACCUUUCCUACAGUCGCAUACGGACAGUGGAAGGUGGCCUGCUUCAGAACCUGGUGCGACUGCGUGAGUUGAGGUUAGCUGGAUCUCAUCUGGUGUCCAUCGAACCCUACGCUUUCCAGGGCAUCCGCUGGCUCCGCUUGCUAAACAUCUCCCACAACCGCCUUGACACCCUGGAGAAGGGGGCAUUUCAUGCUCCUGAGGCGCUACAGGUGCUGUUGAUCAACAACAACCCUUUGGUGUGUGAUUGCCGACUCAUGUGGUUGCUCCAGAGGCACCAUUCCAUCUCGUUUGGUGAUACCCAGCCUGAGUGCAGCAGUCCGGAGGGCAGCCAAAGACGGCAGUCCAAGGAGUUCAAAGAGGCUCUUCUGUCCAACUAUGUGACCUGCACCAAGCCCAAGAUCCGUCGAAAUCGGACUCAGACUGUGUCUGUGGAGGAGGGACAGUCAGCCCAUUUGAAUUGCAGUGCGGAGGGAACCCCGCGGCCCACUAUUUCUUGGGUCUCCCCACGUAAGGUACACCUGAACAACAGGAACCACGGCAGAGUGAUGGUCCACAACAAUGGCUCAUUGGAUAUCAAGGCAGUGGAAGUUCAGGACGGCGGUGUGUAUGUAUGCACGGCCUCCAACAGUGCAGGUAAUGAUACACUUAUGGUAUCACUGUCAGUGAAAAGCCUGGGCUCGCUGUAUGCCAACAGGACCCAGCAUUAUACGGAUACAAGCAAUGCCACUGCCAACGGUACCAACCUCCCUAAUGUGACCUUUGGCUUGGAUCUAAAGACUAUCUUAGUUUCUACAGCCAUGGGCUGUUUUACAUUCCUAGGAGUGGUUCUUUUCUGCUUCCUGCUCCUGUUUGUGUGGAGUCGAGGAAAAGGCAAACAUAAAAACAACAUUGAUAUUGAGUAUGUGCCACGCUCCAAGUCCAAUGGGACCUCCGGUGAGGAGGCGGACCAGGGUGCUGGGCCACGGCGCUUUAACAUGAAAAUGAUUUAAGAAAUUUAAAGGAAUACCAGAGGGAAUUUACAAUGGUCUUUGUUUAACAAAUUGUACCUGGAAACAGAACUCAAAGCCAGGAAACACCGCAGUCCCUAAGAUUCAAUCCAGGUUUUGGUUCAGUUUGACUUCACUGGAUACACAAAGGGAAUAAUAUGUGUCAAUAAUGAACCAUUUUCGAAUUUAUAUGAAACCCUCUUGGAAGGAGGGGAUGUUCACCAACACUCCGAGACAAAUUGUGUACAGAACCGAUUUGUAAAAUUCAAGUAUUACUCUCUUAUUUGCCGAGGCUCGCACAUGCUUUCUCACUGCGACCAACAGAUGAUCGGGAAUCUGUUCUCUCUCUCAUUAUCCUGCAUAUAUGUACGUAAUGCUCAGUUAUGUAUGUGUAUGUUAACAUGUAUAAACACUUUCUUUUGUUGCAUUGUUCACGAAAUGCAAUGAACGCCAAAAUUUACAUUUCCCAUGUUUCGAAGGAGAUACCGUACGACCAAGCCAUCGUCUCACUACUCAAACUGUUUGAGAACGGAGGACAAAGGGCUUAAGCAGGUGUGAAAUGUUACUCCGAGGAACGUUUGUGUGCCGUUUGUCUACCCCCAUUUAUUCUCCUGAUCUGAAGAAUAUUAUAUUUGUUUAUUAUCUGGGAUGAAAAAAAAGAGAGAUUAUUUAUUAACAAAGGCCUUUGCGUUUAAACUCAAUAAUACAAUGUGAAGAUUUUCAAAUAAUUUAAAUUCAUUUUUUCUUAACUAUGAUUUUAAUCCAAGUGUACGCAUAAAUUAACACAGGCCAUUUUUCGGUUGUGCACUUGUCCAUUUCUGUGACUCUAACCCCUUAUCUGGUACAAAAUACAAAAUGUCUCCAUUUCCAUCCAAGCUACCAUUAUGUUUUUUCAUCAUUACUUUUAUUUCCUUCUCUAGUAAGAAAUUCUGACUUUGUUGUGGUAGUUUCUCAUUUUGUUGUUGAAUCAUUUAGAUUGUAAACAGUUCAAAGUAAAAGAAAAAAU